CACGUGAGCCUGUAAGUUAAUAAGUGCAGGGAAACGUUAUGCUGAUGUUAGAGAGGAGGAACCAUCUGGUUCUAACAACUAUACAAAAAGAGAUUGUAAAACCAUAACAUUAAGGAUCUUAAAAUUUCUGACAAUGGGGUUGAGGUUAGGAGUAGUUCGUUUGGUGGUUGUAAUCUUGGUUUAUUUCUCUGAGGCACAAUGGCAAGCAAGCUCAACACAUAACCAGAACUCCGUUAACUUUAGCCCUCAGGGACUACAGCAAGUUCAUCAGCAGAGUGAAGUUCUCCAAAGAUAUAAGUCCAGCAACCCUAUACUUACACCAAUAAGGUUUCCUUCUCAAUUACCUGGUCAAGAUCCUAUGGGUGUUCAGUCCAAACAGCUUUUACAAGGUCCAGCAGCAAAACUGACAUGGAGGUUUCCAAGACUACCCGAAGAACCUGAACAGCCAGCGAUUCCUUUUCAGUUGCGGCAGCCUGUCCCUAUCAACAGUGUAGCAGCUCAAUGUAGAGAGAAUUCUGUGUAUGUGGAAGUAAUGGAGGACCUUUUUGGGACCGGGCAUCCACUAAUGGUCUCUGGUUUUACAUUGGGAGGCUGUGCUGCAGUAGGGCAGGACAAUACUGCUCAAGUGAUUAUAUUUGAAUCCGAACUGCAUGACUGUGGAAGCAAACCAACAGUGACUGACAAUGAGCUCAUUUAUACCUUCUCCCUUACUUACACUCCCCAAGAUGCAUUAAGUGGUAGUCCGAUUGUCAGAAGCCCCAGCGCAAUGGUUGGUAUUGAGUGUCAUUAUCCAAGAAUCCAUGAAGUGAGCAGCAAUGCCUUAAUGCCCUCUUGGGUGCCAUAUGCCUCUACUAAGUUUGCAGAAGAACUUUUGAUCUUUUCUCUCAAGCUCAUGACUGAUGACUGGAGAUUUGAGAGGCCUUCUCACCAGUAUUUCCUGGGUGAUUUCAUAAAUAUUGAAGCCUCAGUAAGGCUGUACAACCAUGUUCCUUUCCGUGUGUUUGUGGAUCACUGCAUUGCUACUGCAGUCCCUGACAUUAAUGCUGUGCCCAGUUACUCCUUUAUUGAGAAUAAUGGGUGUCUGGUUGAUGCUAAGAUCACUGGCUCCAGCUCUCACUUCCUGCCCCGAACUCAAAACGACAAGCUGCAGUUUCAGCUAGAGGCUUUCAGGUUCCAGCAAGAGAACAGUGGGCUGGUCUACAUCACUUGUGUUCUGAAAGUGGCUGCAGCAUCCACCCCUACUAAUGCAGAGCAAAAGGCUUGCUCAUUUGCUACUAAUAGGUGGGUGUCUGCUGACGAAUCUGACCAGGUGUGUGGCUGCUGUGACUCAAAUUGUGGUACGAGGAUUGGAAGUGAUCAAGCCCUCAAAGACCAACGGUGGGAGAGCGUAUCGGUUGGACCCAUCACUGUCAAGCAAUAUGGUUCUGGACAAAUGUAACAAGAAUUGUCUGUGUAACUGGAAAAGUAAAAUGUUUUUCUUAAAUGUUACUUGCCUUUUUCUUAAUAUGGAAAACUGUAUCUUUCCCUUUACCACAUAGGUACAAUAAAA